UUAGAGCUCCGGAAAGUCGGGUUCUUUGUGGACGCGACCGUGAUGUGCCGGAGACAGCCAUCCGAAUGGUAUUCGGCUCUCAUCUGCCUGGCAGCAUGAAGCAUCGCACCCUAACCUCCAACCCGGCCCUCUGGGCUUCUAUCCCGUGCCCACGCUCUGAGCUGCGCCUGGACCUGGUUUUAGCUUCUGGACAGUCUUUCCGGUGGAGGGAGCAGAGCCCUGCACACUGGAGUGGUGUGCUGGCAGAUCAAGUAUGGACACUGACCCAGACCGAGGAGCAGCUGUAUUGCACUGUGUACCGAGGAGACAAGAGCCAGGUCGGCAGGCCCACGCUAGAGGAGCUGGAAGCCUUGCACAAGUACUUUCAGCUGGAUGUCAGCCUGGCUCAGCUGUAUAGCCGUUGGGCUUCCGUGGACUCCCACUUCCAAAAAGUGGCUCAGAAAUUCCAAGGUGUGAGGCUGCUAAGACAAGACCCCACAGAAUGCCUUUUCUCCUUCAUCUGUUCCUCCAAUAACAACAUCGCUCGAAUCACUGGCAUGGUAGAACGGCUGUGCCAGGCCUUUGGACCUCGACUCAUUCAGCUUGAUGAUGUCAUUUACCAUGGCUUCCCCAGCCUUCAGGCCCUGGCUGGUCCGGAGGUAGAGGCUCACCUCAGAAAGUUGGGCCUGGGGUACCGGGCCCGCUAUGUAUGUGCCAGUGCCAAAACCAUCCUGGAAGAGCAAGGCGGGCUGGCUUGGCUGCAGCAACUUCGAGAAGCCCCAUAUGAAGAGGCCCACAAGGCCCUGUGCACCCUGCCAGGGGUGGGUACCAAGGUGGCUGACUGCAUCUGCUUAAUGGCCCUUGACAAACCCCAGGCUGUGCCUGUGGAUGUACAUGUAUGGCAGAUCGCCCAGCGUGACUACGGCUGGCAUCCUAACACAUCCCAGGCUAAGGGCCCGAGCCCCCUGGCCAACAAAGAACUGGGAAAAUUUUUCCGGAAUCUGUGGGGACCUUAUGCUGGCUGGGCCCAAGCAGUGCUGUUCAGCGCUGAUCUGCGUCAACCAAACCAGGCUCGGGAGCCACCAGCAAAGCGCAGGAAGGGCUCUAAGAGGCCAGAAGGUUAGGUAGGACCCAGGGGACAAAUGAUGUCAUUGGUAUCUUUCCCAUUGUUCUCCACUUCUCUAUCCCCACCCAGUUUCAUGUCAAGAAGACUCACCACUCCCACCUCAGAUGGCCAGCACCCCAAAAUCAAGCAGUCAGAUUUAUAGCAGGAGCAAGGGGGCUGUUUGAGAAAACGGAGUGCUCUUGUUUUAUCUUCCCUUUAUUACAAGAAGAACAAUAAAAUAGAAACAUUUGUAUGGAAAA